AUGAAGCAAACGGCCCAUUCGAACAACGAAGAUUCCAAAGCCUCACAAAGAGGAUACCCGAACGGUUGUUAUGCAUAAUCAACUUGGAGGAUGGUAAUGGAACAUCUUAAACGUCAUUUAGCCGACAUUAUAUCGCGUUGUGAAAUGUGUCUGUAAAUUUCAGAUUUCCAUCAAUCUUGUAAUUAGUGAAUUUUAUUGACUUCUCGCAUUCAAGUCAAUCGAGUUCUUCUAGAAUUUUCUGACAAUCGACAAUUCGUGUAUGUAAUAAUCAAAACUUCCAAGAGAAAGAGUAUUUUCAAUAUUCCUUUGCCUUUUAAAUCGCUUUCGUGUAAGAUGAUGAUUAACGGGAAAAGUGAAAAUCGAAAUCGCAAAUUUUCAGCAACUUUGAAAUAUACUAAUGCAUGAAUAAUAUUAAUAAAUCAAUUAAUGACCAUUUUUAGUAAAAUAAAUACGAGUUACUUGUAAAAUAUUUGAAAUAUUUUCGUGAUAUGAAUGUGAAUUCAGCAAAAACUAUAAUAUAGGAAAUAUUUAUGAUGAAUAUUUAUGCAGUUGGCAUUCUAGACAAUGCUAUUAAAAACAAAUACACGCCACAUGUAGCAAUACGGAGACGAAAAAAAAUUGCAACAAUUGUGGGUUACAAAGCUUUUCCUCCUCCGUCCUAUUCAUUGUAUCCCUUCGCCGCAGAUUAUUAUGCGAACUUCGCCGCGACGAAUAUUCGCGAAUAUUUUCGGCCAGUAAAUUUGGACGAAAAAGGUUUGACAAGUAGAUGGAGGCCUCAGGAAUCGGUACGCGCGACUGUUAGCCAGCCACAAAAGUACAACAAAGGCAUAGCCAACCAAGCGGCCAUGCCCAUGCUUAGAGACGCGAGUUUCGCGCGCGCGAGCGGCCUGCACGCGCGCUCACGCCCGCGAUUAUCUUCCACAGGGGCCGUGGUUCACGCUGGCAAGCAACGACACCAAGCUACAUUGCGGGUAGGCAGUCAAGGUGGGCAGGGUCAGGAAUUCCUAGGCGUGCGAGAGUGUCUGGCACACAUCGCCACGUCGCGCAGCCCGGAAACCAGCCAGAGCUUUCUCGAGGCCGUUCACCAACGGCCGCAAGGACGUUCUUGCUCGUUGAAGAGGACUCUUAGCGAGAGCCUGCUAGGAUCCUUCCUUUUGUCGUGUGAUUGCUUAAGCGGAGAUACGAUUUUAGAUCGUUGA